CUUCAGUUCAUCAGCCUCAAUUUAGUCACAGACUACAGUACUCCCCUUAUCCUUGAACUUCUUGGGAAGGACGAGCAUGAAUUACUCCAAGCUUUUCGGAGAGAUCAUACGGAUCUCCUUAAGUCAGCCCCAGCGUAUCCUCAACAGACAGCAGAACUCCACUUCAUUUCACUUCUCCGAUGCUUGCUCGUCUUUUCUGGCGGGAGGGAUGAUGUCCGACAACGCAAGCUUAACCCCAAGAACUCAGCCAAGACCAAUGCCAACUUAUAUGGUUCUCUCUUCAGCAUUUCUGGAUCAGCUCGAUUUGGUUCUUUUAGCUUGCAGGCAAUGCUCAACGCGCUUUCAGAGUCCAAGAUCUUCGCCGACGACGAUAUUUACACGUUGGACAUUGCGCAUUUAACUAGUCGAAUGAUAGCCCUCCUUCCCAUCGGCUUCCCACAAGGAUAUUUGGUAUGA